UUGGCCACUCUGUUCUAUGGACACUCUACUGUGAAGCUUGAAUAUUCCAUCUAUAGCAAAGAAAAGAGCGAGGACUGGGAUCUCACAGUUGGAAAAAACCCAGUAUACAGCCCCCAAGGAGAAGAGAUUAUCGACUUGUCUAUUUCCUUGGAACGUUCCAAAAGUCAUCUGUUGUGGGGACCUGGGAGCUUCCAGAGAUGCAAGGAGCUGCAGAAGCUCCAGACCAGUUAGGGCCCAAAAGGGAGACUGAAAGAAUCACUGAGAUCAAAAUUGUUAUAGUUGGAGAUGGAGGCUGUGGAAAGACAUCACUGCUCAUGGUCUUUGCAAAAGGAGAAUUCCCUAAGAUUUAUACCCCAACAGUGUUUGAGAAGUACUCUGCCCCCUUUCACAUCAGUGACAAGCAAGUGCAGAUCAAUCUCUGGGAUACCGCAGGGCAAGAUGAUUAUGACAGGCUCCGACCCCUCUCCUAUAGUGGGGCUCAUGCAAUUCUCAUGUGCUAUGAUGUCACCAACCACACCAGCUUCGAAAAUGUUCUAAUGAAGUGGUACCCUGAAGUAAAGCACUUUUGCAGAGGGAUUCCCAUCCUGCUUGUUGGCUGCAAGACAGAUCUAAGGAAAGACAAGGUUCUGCUAAGGAAGCUACAUCAGGACCACCUGGAGCCCAUCACAUACCACCAGGGAGAGGCUUUGGCUCAGAAUCUCCAUGCAGUUGCCUACCUUGAGUGCUCAGCCCGCUUACAUGAGAAUAUUGCAGACAUCUUUGCAGAAGCCUCCAGAGCAGCCUUGAGCAUCAUGAAGAAACAACGUAGGCAUAAACGCAAGAGGACUUGCCUGCUUUCCUGAUUAUCCACAUUUUCUGAAUGGGUCUGGAGAAUUUCCCAUAGCUUUUAGCUAAUCUCAACUCCACUCAGUAGGUUGAAAUCUCUUUAAAGGUGUUGUAUAGAGAAGUGAAGACAAUGGGACACUUCCCUAGCUGGAGUAGAUCAACAUGCAAGCAGAUGGGUAGCACCAGAUUGUAGCAGCUGAAAAUCUGACCUCCUGGAUUCAAUGGCUCAAUAUCUGCUUAUAGCAGUCAAGUUUCAGUUCAUUUCCAUAGGCUUCAGUGGAGAAGACCUGUAAAGGAUCUGGUCUUUUAGAUCAAAUGGAAUGUCACUGGAAUCAAGCACAGACCUAGUUAAAAAUUCCAUUCUAGAUACAUCAGGCUUAAACCAUGUAUAAACCACCAAGCCAAAUGCAGCUUCCCAGCAUUUCAAUAUCCCUCCUGUUUUUGCUGUCUGCCUAAGAGUUUUUCUACAUUGUGCGCUUGUGAUUCUUCACUCACAGUAGUUUGUGGGUCCUUUACAUGAUGUCGUCAUCUUCAGGGUCUCUCCCAUGCUUUA